AUGGCAAAGCUCACCUAUGAACGUCUUCUCGUACGAUUGGACUCACUCUGGGUCGAUCUGCCAGCACGAUUCCCUCACCCCGACGACGCCGCACGCCUCCAUGAGGUCCAACGCGCCAUCGCAGCGGGCCAGCACUCGGCACGACGCGGCGUCGAGGGCAAAGCCCACAAAGUGCUCUCCCCUGGCCGCCUCAAGCAAUGGGUCAACGACAAAGUUGCCAAAAUCCAUGAGCAUUACGACCAACAAGGCCUGAUGCAUGAGGGCGAUGGCAUGAUCGCCGAGUCCAACUCUGGUGAAGAUGGCCCUGAUGACAUGGAAGAUGUCAUCGAGAGCAUAGAGACUGAUUCACCCCACACCGACAGUGGGACCGAGAACGGUAUAAAGCGAGAAUCUCCUGUCGACCAGCCUAUGCCACCAGCUGCGGCACCAGCCAAGGUCUCUGCGGUCAACAAAUGCAUUGUCCGCGGAAGAAACGCAUACGCGGGUGUCAAGAAGACAGCCCCCAAACUCCCGCGCACAACUGCCGCUAAACCUCGCCUUGUUUCGCCUAAGGCGUCUGGUCCUUUUAUAUCUAGCUUUAGUGAUCACGAGGCUGCAAUUGCUCUUCUACAAUUGUUUGAGGCCAGUCCUGCGAUCGGUCAUGAGCGCCCUGCCGCCACUGGACUGCCAGCCACUCGACGCAAUGUUGAAGCUGCUAUCGCGACAUACACAACUCCCAAGAUUCACCCUUCGAUUCCGACAUACACUCCUCCCACGACUCGAGAUGCUGCUCUGACAUCCACUCCUCCGAAAUAUCCCGUCGCAGCUCCAUCGUUCACAUCUCUCACCAAUCCCGCACCUGUUUCGACCGUCACCUCUGUCACCUCUGCUGCUUCAGUCCCAUCGUAUCAUCAGCUUGAUAUUCCAGCCGGUGCUUACGAUGUGGGUGCGUCACCUAGGUCUAUUUUCCUAGCUGGUGUCAAGUAUGCGAUGGACAAUUAUGACAGUGUGAAGGGUCAGAUGAACGGUCAUGGCCAGACAAAUGGUCAAUUUCAGACCGCAGGAAGAGGUUUCUGGGAUGUUAUUUGA